CCCCUCGUCUAAGGUAGUCUGAGUGGAGAAAGUAAUGAAGAUGGAAGGAGCCGAUGUUGUUGAAUUAUUGAGGAGAUUUAUAGAGUAGAGAACUAAUAGCUGUUUACGCGUCUUGUCGGAAGCACAGAGGACAGCGAUACCAGGAUAUUGACAGAUAGCAUGCCAGUAGAGGUGACUCCACUGCAGAUGAGGGAACAUGUUGGCUAUGGACCAAGGAGUGGUGGAGGAAUGGCUGUCAGAAUUUAAGACCCUCCCUGACAGUGCUGUAUCCAACUAUGCCGCCUCACUGAAAGACAAAGGUGCUCUGGUCCCCGCGCUCUACAAGGUCAUCCGAGAGAACUACAGCGACUUGCUGGAGCCAGUGUGUCACCAGUUGUUUGAAUUUUACCGGAGCGGUGAGCCGCAGCUGCAGCGUUUCACGCUACAGUUCCUGCCAGAGCUCCUGUGGAGCCUCCUGUCUGUCAGCGCAGCCAGAGACCCCCACACCUCCGGCUGCAUCGAGGCCCUGCUGCUGGGCAUUUACAACCUGGAAAUAGUUGAUAAAGAUGGACAAAGUAAAGUGUUAUCUUUUACCGUCCCUUCCCUCUCCAAACCAUCAGUGUACCAUGAGCCUUCAACCAUCGGCUCCCUGGCCCUCACAGAAGGGGCUCUAGCCAAUCACGGGCUGAGCAGGGUGGUGUACAGCGGGCCACACCUGCAGAGAGAGACCUUCACAGCACAGAACAGAUUUGAGGUGCUGACCUUCCUGCUGCUGUGCUACAAUGCUGCUCUCAGCUACAUGACCUCCACCUCCCUCCAGUCCCUCUGCCAACUCAGCUCCAGGGUGUGCAUAUGCGGUUACCCACGGCAACAGAUACGACGCUACAAAGGCAUUAGCACGCGGCUGACAGUCACGUCAGAGUUCCUGGUUCAGCUCAUCACGGGCAUACACUACGCCUUGUGUAAUGGGGAAGUUGAACUGGGAUCGAAAGCACUGGAUGACGUUCUGUAUCGAGCCCAGCUAGAGCUGUUCCCUGAGGCUCUACUGGUGGGUAAUGCCAUCAAGUCGUCACUGCACGGCGCAGCACUGAAGAGUAACAACAAGGAGGGUGCACGAAGUAUCCAGGUGGAGAUCACACCCACCUCCUCCAGGAUCUCCCGAAAUGCUGUCACCUCCCUCUCUAUCAGGGGACACCGCUGGAAGAGACACGACGCAGUGGAUCUGGGUUCCCCGGAUGAGCUGAUGGAUAUUUCGGAGGUGGAUGAAGGGGUGUGGCCAGGCGGGGUGGGGCCUGACAUGACCCCACCCACCAUCACUAUCAGCAACAGCGUCACCACGUUGAACCUGGGGGCCAAGGCCAUGAAGAAGUGUCGGCUCGGCGGGCGCACCAGCAAGGACAAGGAGGCGGGCCCGCUAACAACAGGCCGGGCUGCCAGUGAAAACACAGAGCUGUCUGUCAAGCGACUGACGCUCACCUCCAGCCAAUCAGUGCCCAAGGCAGGAGCUCUCACCAGCCUGACGCGCACCGCCAGCGCUGUCUUCUCCCGCUCCUUCGAGCAGGUGGCCAGCGGCAACGCCCCUCCCUCCAGCAACCACAAUGCCUCCGAGGCUGGUCGCUACUCAUGCAGCCUGCAGGAGGAAGGGCUGGGGUACUUGAGUCCCACGCCAAACCACACGCAGCGGUCUCCCAGCAUCAGCGUGCACCUUGGCUCUGACCUUUGAACCCUCUGUGACUCCUGACUACCUGAACCCUCGCCUCGGACCCUGUACCUGUGACCUGGAACUCCAAGCCAUGCCAACUGCAAAAGAACCACAAAGACAUGAACAAACACUCCCACUGUUUCCUCUGUAACUCCAUUUUAACGUCUUUGAUUCUGUGUGGUGUAAACCAGCCUGCGGUCCUGCUCCAUUCAGAUAUCCAGAGCACCAUCAGCUCCUCUCCUCCAGAAGAGUCGACUCCUCUGGGCCUGAUGGAGGCAGGAUGUCAGGAAUACCACUUCCAGCUUCACUGAUUUUUAGUCGUGCACUGUUGCCGUGAAGUCGUGCCAGGACAGAACUGCACUCCCUUGCAGAGCAGCCUGUUGUAAAAUGGGUGCACUUAAAACUCUCAUUACUAAAAACUGUGUGGAAAAGUAUUUGGAAAGUAUUUUCAUUGGCAUUUGUUGCCCUGCAUGGCUUGCCCAUACAUCCAUCCUGACCUUGCCCAGGUUUGUCAGAGGGCAGAUGUUGAGUAUGUGUGAGCAUGCUUGAGUGUGUGUACUGUAUAUGUGUAUGUACAAUUGUUUUUAGAAUAAAGGCUGCUGAUUGAUACAAUGAACAAGGUAUGAUUCUCCUAGCUGAAACAAGUGUUUCUACUACUUUUUAAAAAAAAAGAAUACAUCCCUUCCCAUAGCAAUACAAAUUUCUCCUAUUCAGUGUUUUCCAUCUUUUGGGAAGAUCACCUAAACUCCCUCUGUUCACACUUCUUUUUUUGUCAUCAGUUACAGCUAUGCUUCUUAAAAGAAAGUCCACAUUCUUCCCAUAAAACAUCAGGAAAAACGACCACAAAAUAAUCAAGCCAGUGUGAUAAGAAUCAGUUCUUUAUGUUUACAUUUGCACAGUAUUGUAAUCAUGAUGGAGAAGCAAUAUUUGUGUCCUUCCCUCUCGCUCCUCUAGCACCUUCCUGAAUUGCUGUGUAUUUGAUGGCAAAAAUAAAAAUCCAACUUCUCACAAAUGACAAGGAUGAUUUUGAUUUUGGGGACGAUGGGUGUGUGUGAUUUAAGUAUUGAAUUUUGCACUUGAAGGACAAGUGAGCUGUGUUUUCAACUUUGGUAUUUUCUUAUGAUGAACAAGAGAGAUUUGACUCUCAACUGUGGUGUUUUCCUGUGAGAGAGGGGGAGAGAUAGAUGCUUUGUUGCUCUGUACAGAUUUCCACGUCUCUUGCACCUAGCCAUGAUCCAAAAAUUUAAAAAAAAAACACCUGGACUUGCUGUCAACCUACAUGCAGGAAUAUAAAAUAGUACAAUACCUCUGAGUAAAGUUUUGUUAACUCGAAUGAAAGUGUAAAUUAAUUCCUGUGCUUUCUGCAGUGGGACAGCAUUUGGGGCAACAAGGCACCCCCUCGCCCCCCCUCAGAUCAACCCACCAUUCCAGCUGUUUGUAGUACUUUGGUGAUGUGUUUCCUGUGCCCCUCCUUGUUGUUCACAACAUCAUCAUGUCACAAGACAUGCUGAUAUUCUUGUACCAAAAAAAUAAAGUUUAGAAUAAAUAAAUCUCCACCCAUCUGCUACAUUCGGUGUCCUAAAUCAAGUGUUCAUGCUGCCCCACCCUCAAGCAAAAGUGUAUUCUGUUGUCCGUGUACUAGAGCUGUCGAGUGUCCAUGGCUUGAUGGGACAAUAACAAUCAUCGUGUUUCUGUAUGUGGGUUUACAGAAUGUGAAUGGGUAAGCUCUUGUUGUACAUCAUACUGUUGUACUAAAGUUGAUUUAUAUUGGCCUUUUAUUUGUCUGAAGAUAACUCAACUGCUACAACU